AAAGAGAAAUGAGGACUGAGGAGCCGACGGGCCCCUCUUGAUCAGAUUCUCUCUCUCUCUCUCUCUCCGCCCUCCUCCGCCCUCCUCCGCCGCCGCCGCCGCCGCCGCCGUCUCCGCCGCCUGCCCUCCUUCUCCUUCCUCCUCCUCCUCCAAGUUUCAGUCUUUUCAGACUUCAAUGGGGUCGCCGGAGCUGUAUUUCAAGCGGGACAUCGCCGUCCUCCAGUUCCAGAACCAGAAGCUCGUGCAGAAGCUGGAGUCGCAGAAGGUGGAGCACGCCGCCCUCGAGAGCAAGCUGUCCCAGCUGACGGAGCAGCAGCUCGGCUACGAUUCCAGGCUCGAAGUGGUCAAGAAUUCUUGGGAUGAGCUGCUUAGUAAAUUGCAAUCACGUUCGGUCUGUGUGGGCGAGUCGGGCGGUAGUGCUGCCGUCGGUCAGGAUGUCGAAAGCCUGGCUAACUCGAAAGAUGAGGAUCACCCGUUGCCCGAGGACAUUUUUCUUAGCCGCCUCAUAGAGACUGGUGUGGACGGAAGUUCCUCCGUGGAUAGCUGUUCAAAUAAUCCACAUGAUGAUCCGGAAAUAGCUUCAGAGAAGGCUGUGAAGACAAUAUUACGUAAUAUAGCGUUGGCUAUUGAUGGCAUUUAUCAUGAGAAGGAGGGGCUGCAUUCUGCUGUUUUGGAUGGACUUCCCCCAGAUGAUUCUGGUAGACAAAGGACAUCCAUGGAUUUGGCCAUGCAAUUGAAGGAUUCGAGAGCGUUGCUUGGUGAACUUCAUUUGAAGCACAGGCUUUUGGCAAGGGAGUUGCAGAGUCAUCGAGAUAUUGAUGCGAAAAACAAAGCUGAGCUUAAACGUCUGAAAGGGGAAUUGGAGAGCACCAUUUCUGAGUUGGAAGAAAGUCAUAGUAAGCUGGCCACUCUUAAAGUUACAAAGGAUUCAAUAAGAGGGGUGUCUUUCCCUGUUUUGAACUUUGGAAAUAAGCAUACUCCAAUUGAGAAAGUUAGAGAUAAACAGAGGGAUCUUCAAGAAAUGGAGUCAGUUCUGAAGGAGCUACAGGACCAAGCAGCAUCCCGACUGGAAGAGUUAAAAGCCCUUUAUGAAGAACGAGUGAAGAUACUGCAACAGCUACCAACAUUGCAGAACAAGAUAAAGAACUUGAAGUGCAUUUCCUCAUCUCAAGCCUUCAUCUCCCUGAAAGACCAAUUGGAGAUAUCUAAAUCAGAAGUUUUGCGCUAUCAAGCAUUGUACGAGAAACUGCAGACGGAGAGAGGGGGCCUUUUCUGGAAGGAAUUGGAAUUGAGUAUAAAAACUGACAUAAUUGAUGCUUACAAAAGAUGUUCUGCAGUUGCUGAGUCAAGGAUGAUUGAGUUGGAGACAGAAGUAAAAAAGCAGAUGGAAGAUAGAAACAUUAUUGAAACUAAACAAAAAGAGGCGUCAAAUGAAGCAGGAAGACAAGAUAUUGUCAAUGACUUUAGAGCCUUGGUCUCUUCAUUCCCAGAAGAAAUGGGAGCAAUGCAAAGUGAACUGAGCAAGUAUAAAGAGGCUGCUGUGAACAUUCAUUCGCUUCGAGCUGAUGUGCAGUGUUUUUCUCGUGCUCUUGACAGGAUGGUAAAAGAAUGUGAGAUAUUAUCUGAGACAUCUGCUAGUGAAGUUGCUGAAAUAGAAAAGUUGAAAACUGUGGUCCAAGAUUCAGAGGGAAGUAUUCUGGAGCUGAAGCUAAUUUUGGAAAUGUAUAGACGUGAAUCCACUGAUUCAAGGGUAGUAGAAGAAGCCAAGGAUUCAGAAUACAAGGCAUGGGCUCAAGUUGAGAGCCUAAAGUGCUCUCUAAAUGAGCACCAAUUAGAACUACGUGUCAAGACUGCAAUUGAAGCUGAGGCAUUGUCCCAGCAGAAGCUUGCUGCUGCAGAAGCUGAAAUUGCUGACCUGCGACAGAAAUUGGAAGCUUCCAAAAGGGAGAUUUCUCAGCUUGCUGAUGUAUUGAAAUCCAAAAAUGAAGAAAACGAGGCGUAUUUAUCAGAAAUCGAGUCAAUUGGACAGGAAUAUGAUGAUAUGCAAACACAAAACCAGCAUCUGUUGCAGCAGAUUGCCGAGAGAGAUGACUACAAUAUAAAGCUUGUGUUGGAGGGUGUUAGGGCACGGCAGGUAAGAGAUUCUCUAUCGGCAGAAAAGCAAACAUUAGCAAGGGAGAUUCAGUUGGCCAAUGCAUCUGUUGAUUUUCUGAACAUGAAGGUUGUGAGGGUAGAAGAUCAGUUGAAUAUUUGUACGGAAAAGGUUCAGAAACUUGCAGAGGAUCGAUUGCAAGGCUCAAAUGCCCUGGAUAAUACCCAAAAAAGAUUGUCAGAUGUUAGAAGAAUGUCUCACCAAAUAAGGGAGUCGCUGGAGGAGCUUCAAUCUAAAGUUGACAAAAGUCGAGGGACUGCAGGAGAGCUCCAGGCAGAGCUUGAAAGGGAACGGUUCAAAAAGAAGAGACUAGAGGAAGAAUUAGAAGUAGUUAGGAGAAAGGCUAUACAUCUUCAAGCACAGGUAGUGACCCCAGUUGUGGAAAAGCUUCAAGAGGAACUUAGAGGAUACCAGGAUAUCCUUAAGUGCAGUAUAUGCCGUGACCGGCCUAAAGAGGUUGUCAUCACGAAAUGCUAUCACCUCUUCUGUAACACCUGCAUUCAGAACUUAGCAGAAACCCGUCAUCGGAAAUGCCCAUCCUGCGGGGCUAGUUUCGGGCCUAACGACGUCAAGCCUGUUUAUUUCUGACGCAGAAGACUCGCUCUGCAAAAAAAUUUGUGGUGAAUUAACUGCUUGAAAACCCAAGAAGGGGAUGCCAGAAGCUAGCUUGUCCCUUGUCUUGUUCUUUAGGCAAAGUUCUUGUAGAUAUCUUUCUUACUGCUAAAUUGCUCAUUCUUGCUGAGCAACAUUGCUUCUUUUGCUCCCUUGAGCACAUUCACUUUCAAUAAUGGGGUAUUGAAUGCGACUUUUGCGAUGUGUGCCCGCGGUUAAAUUUAAGUCUUGACUUUUUCAUCAUUGUCAA